ACGCGCACCUGAGUCUUCAGCUGGUUUUAAACCACAAAGUCCCUCAGUCCACUGAGACUAGUGAGGAAUACACCGAUUUGUGUCCGACUUUGAGAGAUAAUUAGGCCACACAGACAGGAUUCACACAUCUGGUAGUUUGGAAGAGACUACAUUUCCCAUCAGCCGUCUGGGGCGCAUCAAUUUUCCUUUUUCAGUACCGUUUUCUUGGUUUGCAGCUGGAUCAUCUGGAUGAACGCGCGACUGCGCAGCAGCAUUAGUCUUAUGGGGAAGAUCCAGUGAUUUUAUUAUUGCGAUUUUUUCCUUCAAAAAGCUGGAUUAUUUCUUUUUUCUGACAACUUUCUACAUGAAGUAACCUAUUUUGUUUUCUUCUUUUCUAAUUUCUACGUUUUUCUGUGAUUUUAAACUAAGGAUAAGUUGGAUAAAACGAUUUUAAAUCAUCUGCUUUGGGGAGAGUUUCGCUUAAAAUCCCGUAUUUAAUCAUCUGGACAGACAGGAGUGUGUGGACUGAAGCUGAGAGCUCUGCACAAGACUGGUUGUAGUCGGACAGACGAGCCUCCGGUGCCAACGCCUUUCCCUCUCUCUCUCUCUCCGCUUCUCCCCGGCUGAGAAACUUCAGCUCACACCGCCUCAAGGGCUGUUUGACGGCGAUCCCCGUCGACUCAUGACCUGCUGAAAACCCACAGUCCGACUCUAAAGUAGUUCAUCACAGAGGGAAAAUGGGGUGCACGAUCAGCGCCGAGGACAAGGCAGCAGUGGAGAGGAGUAAAAUGAUUGAUAAAAACCUGCGGGAGGACAGAGAGAAAUCCUCCAGAGAAGUGAAACUGCUUCUGCUCGGUGCUGGAGAAUCUGGGAAAAGCACAAUAGUAAAGCAGAUGAAAAUCAUUCAUGAAGAUGGUUACUCAGAAGAGGAGUGCAAGCAGUACAAAGUGGUGGUGUACAGCAACACCAUCCAAUCCAUCAUGGCCAUCAUCAGGGCAAUGGGCCAGUUAAAGAUAGAUUUUGGGGAUGCUGCACGGGCGGACGAUGCCCGCCAGCUGUUUGCCCUGGCGAGCUCAGCGGAGGAAGGGGUAUUGCCAGCAGAGCUGGCCACCGUGAUUCAGAGGCUGUGGAGAGAUAGCGGAGUUCAGACAUGCUUCGAUCGAUCUCGAGAGUAUCAGCUCAACGACUCUGCUGCAUACUACCUGAAUGACUUGGACAGGAUCUGUCAGCCGAACUACGUCCCGACUCAGCAGGAUGUGCUGCGUACACAUAUAAAGACCACCGGCAUCGUGGAAACUCACUUCACCUUCAAUGAUCUCUACUUCAGGAUUUUUGAUGUUGGGAGUUCCCGGAAGCGGAAUUUAAAUUGGGUCUUAUCUUUUGAGGGACUCACAAGUAUAAUUUUCUGUGUAGCGCUCAGUGACUACGACCACGUCUUGGUUGCAGAUGGAGAGAUGAACCGGAUGCAAGAGAGCAUGAAGCUUUUCAACUCCAUCUGCAACAACAAGUGGUUCACGCUCACCUUCAUCAUCGUCUUCCUCAACAAGAAGGAUUUGUUUGAAGAGAAGAUCAGCAGGAGUCCGCUCACUAUCUGCUACCCCGAAUACUCUGGAAGGAACUCGUACGAAGAGGCUGCAGCUUAUAUCCAGUCCCAGUUCGAAGACUUAAAUACACAAAAGGACAGUAAGGAGAUCUACACCCACUUGUGCCACAGACACCAAAAAUGUGCAGUUUGUGUUUGAUGCUGUCACCAAUGU